AUGUCCAAUGUAGAGGCCAUAAAGAACCUGCUCAGUAUAGCUGAAAUUGGAUCGGCCGUAUCAGUUUUUCUGUUCGGGGUUUACACCGUCCAGCUAUAUCUCUAUUAUUCCAAUUUUCCAAAGGAUCGUUGGCAACUAAAAGCAUUGGUCGCUGUUGUUUCUGUUUUGGAGUUGGGGCACGUCAUAUCCGUGCUACACUACCUGUAUACGAUCUCGAUAUCCUGGUACGACCACCCAGAACGACUCUUCGUGCAUACGCCCAUCGGCAUAUCCAUCGAAACACUUCUAGGGGGAUACAUCGCUUGCAUUGUCCAGGUGUUCUUCACCGAUAGAGCAAGACGUCUGACGGGGGCCUGGAGGACAGCGUAUUUCUGCAAUCUACUGUCCUUGGCCAGAUUCGCGCUCACGACGGCUGUCGUAAUAUACUUGAUCACGAAGACCCUCUCUGAAUUCGAGAAGAAUUGGGGGUGGUUGGUCACCGUGUGUUUGGUCGUCGGAGCUGCUGUCGAUAUAAUCGUCGCUGGAUUGCUAUGUUCACAUUUGAUUUGGGAAAGAAAGACGUCUUUCGAACGGACCACCAAAUUGAUUGAUAGGAUCAUACUGAUGACACUGCAAACCGGGCUCGCAACAAGCAUGCUCACCCUCGCCGUGAUGAUCUUAUUCGAGACCAUGACUGAUAGCUAUGUCUGGGUGGCUCUGUACAUGUGCCUUGCUCGGAUCUUCUCCAAUUCGCUGCUAGCAACCUUGAACGCUCGGACUGUGUUCCGGCGAUUGGCUGAUGGGGUGUCUCUGCGGUUAGAUGCUCAGACUUCUCCAACUCGGCUUAAAUUCGCCCAUGGGAAGGCCUCAAUCCCAAUCGGAAUGAGCGGUUCACCGACGAGUCAAACGAGUCAAUCAACGUCAACGACAUUUGAUCCACCGGCUGAUGAUGAGUACGAAACCCGAGCAGAUCAAGCCCGGGCCUGCACGGAGUCUGACCAACAUCCCGUGUAG